AUGGCUCUUUCUGAGACGUGGGUACAGUUUGUAAUGGCUGCCACUCUUCCCUGCUCCACAGACCAGGCCAGCAUCCAGGCCGCCGCCCUGCCUGGCACUGACGGCUGUUUGACCUCCCCGAGGGUCCCUGGAGGACUGGACGCGGCGUGUGCUGGCGGGAGUGGUGCUGCGGUGGAGGUCGUGAGGCCAGGCAGCAGCAUGAGUGGCCGGCGGCGGCGGCAACAGCAGCAGCAGCAGCAGCAGCCAGCCUCAGGUGUGGGGAGGCACAGGCGUGGUGGCAAGAAUCACCAGGAGACAGGCAGCUCUGUCCACAGAGGAGAGAGCAAGUUUGAGUGCCAGCAGUGUGACAAAACUUUCGUAUCCAGACAAGGCCUUAAGUACCACACCCUGACACACAGUGGUGUUAGAAAUUAUGAGUGUGGAGUUGUCGCUACAAAGGCUGACUUAGGAGCAAAGCGAGCCGCCUGUAGCGCCAAGCUCAAGCUCAAGAUGUCAACACGACACGUGGUAUGA